CCUGGCGGGAAAAUCUAACACUUUCGCGCCAGAGGAGAAGCGUACUACACGUUUUUCAGGGGCUGUGGUACUUACCAUACUUAAUUGAAAUUAUUUAAUAAGUAGUUCAAUUUCUUUUUGACAGAAUGGCAACCGAAGUCGUUGAUGACAGAGAGCUGAGAGAGGCUCAAAGAGAUUAUUUGGAUUUUUUGGAUGAUGAGCAAGAUCAGGGAGUUUACCAGAGCAAAGUACGGGACAUGAUCAGCAAUAACCAGUGCCGUCUGAUUGUGAACAUCAAUGACCUUCGACGGAGGAAUGAGAACCGUGCUGCUCGGUUACUAAACAAUGCGUUUGAGGAACUGCUGCCAUUCCAGCAUGCCCUGAAGGAGCUGGUUGCCACUGUUGAUGCCACCUAUGCCAAGCAAUAUGAGGAGUUCUACAUUGGUUUGGAGGGGAGCUUUGGCAGCAAGCAUGUAACGCCCCGCACUCUCACCUCCCGCUUCCUGGGAAGUGCUGUCUGUGUGGAGGGCAUUGUCACAAAGUGCUCGCUGGUGCGUCCAAAGGUGGUCCACAGCGUCCACUAUUGUGCUGCCACCAAGAAAACCAUGGAGCGGAAAUACACAGACUUAACUUCACUGGAAGCCUUCCCCUCCAGUGCUGUCUACCCCACGAAGGAUGAGGAGAACAACCCAUUGGAGACAGAGUUCGGUCUGUCUAUAUACAAAGACCACCAGACCAUCACCAUUCAGGAGAUGCCAGAAAAGGCACCAGCUGGCCAGCUGCCGCGAUCUGUGGACAUUGUGCUGGACAGUGACCUUGUGGACCAGGUUAAACCAGGGGACCGGGUGCAGGUCAUCGGGACCUAUCGCUGUCUGCCAGGAAAGAAGGGUGGAUACACCUCAGGAACAUUUAGAACCAUCAUGAUUGCCUGCCAUGUGAAGCAGAUGAGCAAGGAGGUAUCUCCUCUAUUCUCGGCUGAUGAUGUGGCCAAGAUCAGGAAGUUCAGCAAAGCUCGCUCUAAGGAUAUCUUUAACCAGCUAGCCAGGUCUCUGGCUCCCAGUAUCCAUGGGCACGAGUACAUCAAGAAGGCCAUUCUCUGUAUGCUGCUUGGGGGGGUUGAAAAGGUUCUGGAGAACGGCUCUCGAAUCCGUGGGGAUAUUAACGUCCUGCUCAUAGGUGACCCCUCUGUGGCAAAGUCCCAGCUCUUGCGUUACGUGUUGCACACAGCUCCCCGGGCCAUCCCCACCACGGGCCGAGGCUCCUCCGGGGUGGGUCUGACUGCCGCCGUCACCACCGACCAGGAGACCGGUGAACGUCGGUUGGAGGCAGGCGCCAUGGUGCUGGCAGACAGAGGCGUGGUCUGUAUCGAUGAGUUUGACAAGAUGUCUGACAUGGACCGAACUGCCAUCCAUGAGGUGAUGGAGCAGGGUCGGGUUACCAUCGCCAAGGCAGGCAUCCAUGCCAGGCUGAACGCACGCUGCAGUGUCCUGGCUGCUGCCAACCCUGUUUAUGGCAGGUAUGACCAGUACAAGACCCCCAUGGAGAACAUUGGGCUGCAGGACUCUCUGCUUUCCCGUUUUGACCUGCUGUUCAUCAUGCUGGAUCAGAUGGACCCAGAGCUGGACCGCGAGAUUUCUGAUCACGUCCUGCGCAUGCACCGCUAUCGGGGCGUAGGGGAGCAGGAUGGUGAUGCUUUGCCCCUGGGCAGUGCUGUAGAAAAUCUGGCUACCGAUGACCCCAAUGCAAUCCAUGAGGAGGAGGAGGAGCUUCAGGUUUACGAGAAACACAACAACCUGCUUCAUGGAAGCAAACGGCGCGGGGAGAAGGUCCUCAGCAUGGAGUUCAUGAGGAAGUACAUCCACGUGGCCAAAAUUGUCAAGCCAGUCCUCACACAGGAGGCAGCCAGUCACAUUGCUGAGGAGUACUCCAGGUUACGCAGCCAGGAACAGCUGACCAAUGAUGUUGCCCGGACCUCCCCUGUGACCGCGCGAUCACUGGAAACAAUGAUUCGACUGUCGACGGCUCACGCCAAGGCACGCAUGAGCAAAUCCAUCGAGCUGCAAGAUGCAGAGGUGGCAGUGGAGCUGGUGCAGUUUGCCUACUUCAAAAAAGUGCUGGAGAAAGAGAAGAAGCGUCGCAGGCAAGAUGAUGGAGACACUGAGACAGAGGGGGAGGAUGAGGAGGGGCAGGGAGAUGGGGGAAAUGAGGAAGCAACUCCAGAGCACAGGAGGAAGAGGAGCUGCAGGUCUGGUGAGCGCAGGCGACCAUCCAAGGAGGGAGAAGUGUACGAUCCCUACGAUUUUGGUGACAAAGAGGAGGAUACCCCUGAUGUUCAUAAUCGAACCCCCAAGACCCCGGAAUACCAAGAAGAGCCCAUGGAGACGAGGGGAGAUUCUAACAAGUUACAGUUGGCAGAUGCCAGGCUGAAGGAGUUCAAGGUUGCCUUGUUGGCUGCAUUCAAGUCUGCACACGCUCAGUCAAUCAGCCUCCAUAACCUGAUGGACACCAUAAACAAGGGCAAUGAGAAGCCAUUCUCACAAGGGGAGGUGCUGACUGCACUCGAGCACAUGCAGGACGACAACCAGGUAAUGGUGUCUGAUGAGAUCAUCUUCCUUAUCUGAGAGAGGACUUCUCUCUGACACUCCACAGAACAGUGAGGAAGGACAUUGGGAGAAGGACCUCCCUGCUUUUGAUGGAAUUGAUAGUGAGCCCUACAUACAUUGUAUACAAAUAUUUGUAUUUGUUUUUCUGUGUAUUGGAGGUUUGUUUUUAUUUGUUUUUAUUCUUAAAAUACAUACUCGUAUGUAUUUACUUUUUUCUGUAAUACAAACAAUCUGUCUCAAACAAUCCAUUACCUGCAUGGUAGUGUGCAAUCUGUGCCUUUACAUAAAGUGUGUAGCUCACAUAAAUGUUAAGAUAAUGGCAUACAUUUAAAAAAAAAAUAGUGUUUAAGAUAGAUCCAGAAUCUCUCUCUCUCAUAUUGUUGGACAAUUCACUUGGUGAGACAAAAUAUUUUCUGGAGUUUCACAUGAAUUUGAUUUGAGAGGAACCUCCGACUGUAGUCUGGGUCCAUCAUGAGUAAGGGUGUAUUCACGAAUUUCACGAUUUACAUGAAAUGUACCCAUUUCUGUGUAAUAUGUAAGAAUAAACACAGCAAACAUUUGCCUUGGAUGCACUACCUGUUGCUGUACACCUGCAUUUAGGAAUCUGGCAGCUAGUUUAGUUUGCUUCCAGUAAAUUAUUGAACACACUGCAUAGAGCUGCACAAUUUCUUUAAAAUGUCUUCAAUGAACACCAGCUGCAGCAAAUUCAAAACAUAUUUCUGUUAAAGAUUGCUCUGUCCAGUACAAGAAGGGGACAUUUCAUGCAUCUUAUUUUUACAUUUAUUCAUGUUUGUUUUGUUUGAUAAUUCACUGAUGGUGAAAAUACUGUAGAAUGUCUUUUAAAAGGUGGACAUAAAAAGAAUGAAGUAUUCUACAAUUUAGCAUUUACUGUUUUUCAGAGAAGCAUUUACAUAUUUUUGGAACAUUUGAUUUAUAAUAACUAGAUAAAUGUUUAAUCGUGAAAUAUCUAUUUUUAAACCGUGAAAUGAGUAAUUUACCGUGUGAAAUACAGCCCUAAAAAAAUGAGCACUAGUGGGAAAAAACCUAAAAUAAAACCUAUUGCAUUUAAAAUAUGUAUUCCUUUGAUAGAUGCAAUUUCAAGUCAUCACAGACUCGGGUUCAUAGAUUGAAGAUUUAAUAUCAGGACAAUAAUCUGUAAUCUCAGAUUCUUCCACUGGUUUAUAGUAUUUUGCUGUCUGUGUUAUGGUAAAAGUUCAAAUGUUGGCACAUCUUAAGAUUUACUGGUAAACAUCGACCUGUACCAAAUAAAGCGGUAAAUGUCUGAAAUAAACAUGUGUGACAGGGCAGAGGACCUGCACUGAUAAGUGGGUAUUUGGUGGUUGUUUUACACAGCCGUGUGUUUAAUUGUUAAUUGUUUUAAUUAGGGAAACCUGUCUAAUUAGAUAGGCAGGUAUUUAAACAGGUCUGUGGGCUGUAUGAAGGAGAAGGCCUGGUAAGAGACUUGUGUGGUCAGACCUAAAAAGGUAAAGAAAAGUACUAUGUGUACUAUGUUCAAACUUGUCAUUGUGAUACAAGUGUUUUGGUGACUGGUAAAUGGCUUAGCCAGCCGGUUAUAGUUUAGAACGUAUUUCAAAGUUUAGUUUAGCACUCCUGAUGUAUUUGUGCUUUUGUUUUGUUUGUGUUUUGUUCAAUGAAAAUAAAUAUACAGGCACUGCCCUGUUUUUGCAAACUA